AUGAGCUAUCAACAAGGCCAGCCCCAACUAGGGGCUACUUUUAUCCCCGGCGGCUUCGAUGACUACUACAUGCCGGCACCGUCGCCGGAGGUCAUCUCUCCAGCUCCUCAGCGGAUCAUGCCCGAAGUUCCCGAGAACAUGCAAGAGAACAUCGCACACCUGGAAUUGGAAGCCAACGGACCGCGAAACUCCGCCGCGCCCAUGUCUCCUCCCACACAGGGCUAUAACCAGGCGUCGCCGAACUUCCCUCCCCGCGCAUCGAGCCACCAGUAUGGCCAGGCGCCCAGCGACACUCUGGGUACGCAAGGUGGGCAAGGGCAAGGGCAAUGGCCGGCACGUCACACAAGCAUAUCGUCCGCCUUCAAGCAGCCUCCCAGCGUGCAGCCGCAGCCGGUGCAGCAACAGUCCUCCCACGACUACAACCAGUUCGCGAACGCUACAGAGAUUCCCAACUUCUCGCCUUUUCCGAAGCUCCAAAGCCGCCCUCCAAAUGUGCCCCCAUCCGACGAUGAGAAGGAGGCGGUGCUAGAAAAUGCGCGGCAGCCAGUGCUCAACUCGAAUGAUCCGGAGAUGCAGUUGGCGUGGGCGCAGGAUGCUCUAUCCUACGUUGACGCAGCAAUGCUGCACGAACAGCGGCUAUGCGAGACACAGCCGGCGCGUCCCGUCACGCCACAGGUUGAGCACAAUCUGAGGGUCGAUGCCAUGAACGUUGUCAGCUUCUUGGCCGACCAGCACCAUCCAAAGGCAGAGUUCAUGCGGGGCAUGUGGCUUGAGUUUGGCAAAUUCGGUCUCCGGGUUGACAAGAAGGAGGCUUUCCGGUGUUACACUCGUGCGGCUCAGAAGGGGUAUGCAAGAGCAGAAUACAGGAUGGGAAUGCAAUUUGAGCAGUCAAACGACCCCAUUAAGGCUCUCCAACACUAUAAGGCUGGCUCCGAAGCUGGAGAUUCGGCAUCGAAUUACCGCCUGGGUAUGAUGACCCUGCUCGGACAACAUGGACAGCCUCAGGACUUUGCGAAGGGCAUCCAGUUGAUCCGACUGGCUGCGAACACUGCAGAUGAGAAUGCCCCCCAAGGUGCUUAUGUGCUGGGAAUGCUCCAGGCCCGCGAGCUCCCUCAGAUCAACGUUCCCGAAACGUUUCUUCCCUAUGACGAAAAAUCGGCGAGACAGAACAUUGAAAAGGCUGCUUAUCUUGGUUUCGCCAAAGCGCAGCUUAAGAUGGGCUCAGCAUACGAGCUAUGUAGCAUGGGCUGCGACUUCAACCCAACGCUGUCUAUGCACUAUAACGCUCUAGCGUCUCGCCAAGGAGAACCAGAGGCCGACAUGGCAAUUAGCAAAUGGUUCCUCUGUGGCUACGAAGGAGAGUUUGCAAAGAACGAGGACCUCGCAUACCAGUAUGCUCAGCGAGCCGCCUCCACAGGGCUUUCCACGGCUGAGUUCGCCAUGGGCUAUUUCAAUGAGAUUGGUAUGCACGUUGAUAUAAACCUCGAGAAGGCGUUGGAAUGGUACGAAAAGGCUUCGAGAAAUGGCAACAAGGAUGCCGCAGCACGGAUUGAAAGCAUCUCAAAGUCUCGCACACUCUCCAAGAAGGAUCAUGAAAAUGUCGCAAUCUCCAAAAUCAAAUCUCAGCAUGGCUCCAUGCGUGGACAGCGUCCAGCAAGGCUGGCAAAGGCUGCCGCACCGCCCCUACCCUCAAUCAGUGAUAACAGUCCUUCAGAUUAUGGAUCGGAUGCUUCUCCAGCAGUUGCCUCACCAAUCGACUCCCGGCUACCCAACCGCAACGCCACAACAACUCCAUACCCACUAUCAGACAAGCCUCCUGUCGUCACCACGUCCACACCUUACGAGCGUCCUUCGACCACGACACCAUACCCUGUUGAUAACGGACCACCUAGAAUUGGUGGACAAAAUCCUGGGUUCGCUGGAGGAUUCGCCCCAGAGCUGCGGUCUGCCACUGCAAGACCGGCUUCCGCCGCCUUCAAUAUCAAUCCGAAUUUGUAUGGAGCGAAUGAUCCUUAUGGCCGUGGCCGUCAUCCCCCCCAAGGACCCGGCAACAUGGGUCCUCUGCCCCUUCGUCCUCAUACUAGUGUAGAUAACAUGGGACAAGGACGAGGUCGGGUUCCCAGUGGACAACGUAAUCCAUCAGGUGGGCCUCCUCCCGGGCCAGCUCCAUAUAGAGGGCCGGGAGGACCAAGCGCAGAACGACCAGAAGCGUAUGACAGACCUCCACCUCAGCCGCAAGCAGACUUUGGUUUCAGCGCCCCUGAUGGGCGCAACAGGCUGCAGAAGCAAGGGUUACUGAAGAAACAACCCACAUUGCCUGAUAUUGGCUACAUCGCUCCGCUUGAAACAAAACAACAGACGCGACCAUCAACGGUGCAACCUGGCCAGGAGAGCAGGAUUAGUACACGACCGGAGCGACCUUCGACGGCGGCUCCAGGACCACGGCCGCCUUCGCGGCCUGGUAGCCGACCUGGGUCUUCUGGAAGGCCGUCCCACCAUGAUCCCAUGCCGCAAGCGCCAGCCAAGCCUAUUGCCGCGCCUCAGCCGCUCACCAAGCAGACUCCAGCGCCAACAGGGAAGUCUGGGGCUCCCGCAGGUGCGAAACCCGCCGCCGCGAAGCCUGCUCCUCCUGCAACGCCUGGCAAAGGGCCGAAGACAUUUGAUGAGAUGGGCAUCGGCCAGGCCUCGAAGGAUAGCGACUGCGUGGUCAUGUAA